CUCCGCCGACUGGACAGAAACGGCCCUUCCAUUGAUUCGACCCCGUAGGGCCAGAGCCGGUGCGUGCGCCCCGAGCGCGUGCGGAAGGCAGGAGGGCAGGAAGUCGGUGUUCUGCAGCGAGGGUGGCGGCGCCGCGCCGGGGACCGAGCCUUCCUUAUUUAUGUGUCUGCCGGUUUUCGCCUUCGUCCCCGAGACUUCAGGGAGCGUCUGCGAGCUGCGUUCCCCGCCUGUGAGGCACAGAAGGGCUGGAUGUCUGAACAACAUGAUUAUCCAUUAACAUCCAAACUUCUCUUUUUUUAACCCAAAGAAUAUCGGUGAUUUUUGUCCACUGCUAGCAGAGGAAGAGAGAACCCAGGGCCCUUGAAAUGCAGCAAAUUCCUUAUUUAUAAACAGGCCCGAGGUAGUGCUAGGUAAACGCCCCCUGCUCAGUGAAUUUUCUAUCCUAUGGAUACUGAUCUUGAGAUUUGAAGCCGGAGAGCAGUUGUCUGCACUGGGUUCCGCAGCCUCCAUCCUUUCAAUGCCCAGCUUUCUCUGGGACUGCUGGCCCUCCCUGGAGAUCAGAGCGGUGCUGUGUGCCAUGGGCUGCAUCCAGAGCAUCGGCGGCAAAGCCAGGGUCUUCCGGGAAGGUAUCACGGUGAUUGAUGUGAAAGCCUCCAUCGACCCUGUCCCCACCAGCAUCGACGAGUCCUCCAGCGUGGUGCUCCGCUACCGGACACCCCAUUUUCGUGCCUCGGCCCAGGUGGUCAUGCCGCCCAUCCCCAGGAGGGAGACCUGGAUAGUUGGCUGGAUCCAGGCGUGCAGCCACAUGGAGUUCUACAACCAGUAUGGGGAGCAGGGCAUGUCCAGCUGGGAGCUCCCGGACCUCCAGGACGGCAAGAUUGAGGCCAUCAGCGACUCGGACGGCGUGAACUACCCCUGGUACGGCAACACCACGGAGACGUGCACCAUCGUGGGCCCCACCAGGAGGGACUCCAAGUUCAUCAUCAGCAUGAACGACAACUUCUACCCCAGCGUCACGUGGGCCGUGCCUGUCAGCGAGAGCAACGUGGCCAGACUGACCAACAUCUACCGGGACCAGAGCUUCACCACGUGGCUGGUGGCCACCAACACCUCGACCAACGACAUGAUCAUCCUGCAGACGCUGCGCUGGCGCGUGCAGCUCAGCAUCGAGGUGGACCCCAGCCGGCCCCGGGGCCAGCGCGCCCGGCUGCGCGAGCCCAUCGCCCAGGACCAGCCCCAGAUCCUGAGCAAGAACGAGCCCAUCCCACCCAGCGCCCUGGUCAAGCCCAACGCCAACGACGCUCAGGUCCUCAUGUGGCGGCCCAAGUACGGGCAGCCGCUGGUCGUCAUCCCGCCGAAGCACCGGUGACAGCCAGGGUGCCGCUCGCUGAGACCCCAGGGACGAGACCGCUCCGACAGCCCCAGGUGGACGCCCAUCCUCCAGCAAAAUACAACCAUUCUACCUUGUCCAGCGGGGUGUCACUGUGCACACGCCGGGUGCCUCCGCCCCUGGAUGGAACCCGUUUCCUCACGGGGAGGGGGAGACCGGCCAGGACAGCCCAGCCCCGCGUGCACCCUGGGUGCCCUGGGGUCUCCCUCCUGGCCUUUCUCACCAUUUCAGUCAUUCACCUGCAACAGAUUCCCCGACACAACUGCUUUUCAGUCCUUUGAUUUUUUUUAAAACACCUCUUUCUGAGGUUCAGGGCGGGAGGAGGAGGAGUUGACGGGGGACAGCCCCGCUCUUGCUGACCCUUGCUGACCCGCGAGUGCGGGGCCCUCCCACGCCGCUCCCCGUCCUCCCUCACGCGGCCUUACGUAGACUUGCUUUGCCAAACUUUUGCCUUAAGCUGAAUUGAAAGGAAAAAAGCCGAGACAGACAGAAAGCAGGGUCUCUUUUCUGCGGAACUUCUCACCUUCUGCCGAGGGGAGGGAGGGUUGGGUCAGGGAGGAGGGAGACUACCCGGGCCCCUCCUCCCGGCUGUCUCGGGACUCGGCAGGGGCACCGAUUUAGACCUAAAACCAGCUGCUCCUCCUUGCGUUUGGGCAGAAACGACCACAGAUGGGCGCUGCCCGGACAGGCGCAGGUAGAGGAGCCCCUCCCCCCACCGGGCCCCAGGUCCACCGGGCGGCUCCUCUCCUCUCUCCUGGCAGCCUUACCUUGCCCUGGGCGGGUCUCGGAGACAGGGAGGGUCUGGGUCGCAGGUGGAGCCCCGGAAUGUUCAUCUGUCCUCACACCCGUCCACAGAGGCUCUGCCCUCACGUCUCAUUGUGUCGCUUUCUGUUUCCCUCCACUGUGGUCCCAGAUGCCUGGGGGGUGGCCACGUUGACCCAGUCCUAGUUCUAGUUCCCAGGGGACAGUGAGGACACGCCUUUCCCUGCAGGCGCCUUCUCAGGGGGCAGCCCUCCCAGGCUCUGGGGAGGGCUGCGGACAGCCGGAGCAUCACAGAGCUGGAGGUGGUGGGGCGGGAGGAGGCCCCAGGACUUCCCUGGGUCUGGUCCGCCUGUCCUCCAGGAAGGAAAGAGGGCCCGGCUCUGGGGCUGAGUGGGCCCAGGGUUGUGAGCCUUCAGGCCACUGUGGGGGCUGGUGUGGGACAGUGGUCAGUCUUCGAGGGCCCCCCUCCCCGGAGCCCUGGGCCCCUGGAGCCCUAGGACUUGGUCCUGAGCGACGCCGAGCUUCCUUAACGAAAUCUGCCCUGAAGGCUGCGCUCAGGGGCUGUGGGGGCGCCCCCGAAACCCCCUUCCUCCCAGCCUGCCAAACCCAUAGCUCUAUCACCCAGGCCCCGCAUUCACACGAGUAAUAACCAAGCACAGAAAACCGUCACGUAGGAAAAUAAUCCAUUUCUGCUGCACAUGAGCCACUUGUAGGGGCCCCAGGGAAACACGAGAGGGCGUGGGCACCGGUCCCUGCUCCGCGCCGUCACCCACGUGACCUUGUACUGAACCCAGGGGUGCUUACCGUCCCUCCCUCUCCCAAGCCCCACUCCACAGGCGCACAGCUCUCCUGGGACAACUGGACGCCGAACAGCCCUGGCUGCCGCCUGGUGCCUGGGGACCCAGGCCCGGGACCUUCCCCCUGGAAGCUGCCGGUUCCCUUGGUGUGUGGGAGCCCAGCCUCCAAAGAGGCCGCAGCCUCCAGGUGGAGCACUGGGUCCCACCCCACUGGGUGGGCCGGGAGGGGAGGGUGACGUGGUGGCCCUUCUCUGCACUCAGGUCUUUCUUGCACUACA